UCAAAAGUACAUAUCUUCAAAUAUUGAUUUCCCCCGCUAUGAACCCAACCGUUCAUUCCCUUUAAUCCAACGGCUUAGAAUCUGCCAAAAUUAAUACCCACAUAUCGCUCACAAUCUUGAUCUUUCCCUCUCUUUCCAUUUCCACAGUGUUUUUUCUACUACAUUUUUUAGCUUCUACACUAUCACUGUGCACAUUUUUAUCGAUUUUCCAGGGAAAGCUUGGAACUUUCUGGCAUUUUGAGCAGUUUCUUCAUCUGGGUCCGGUUGGGAGUUUUUUUUCUGGGCUAUGUUUGGAUAGUUAGAAAAAUCAUAUAAUGCCUGUGUCAACUCGGUCUCAGAUCGUUAACCAAGGUAGAAAUGCAACGAGUCCAGAGCAGUGGACCAGAUCCAGGACCAGGUCAGAUCAAGAACAACAAAACCAUGCCAAUCUUUCAAUGAGAAAUCCACAUCAUGGUUUGAAAGAGAAGAUGAAAGCUCUAACCCUCUUGUAUGAACAACAAAAACAAGCUUCUGCAGCUCUCAAGAACCAGACUUCUUCGAGGUUCGAAGAGCAUAAUCAUCGAUUACGGACCCACCCGAGCGUCGAGCUCCAAGGAUCUUGUAAGAAGGAAGAGAAGGAAUCAACAAAGCCACCAAGCCAUGUGAUGAGAGAGAACACGAUUCCCAAUUCCACCAUUACUAGAACUUACGUUUUGCCUCAGCCUUCAAUCCACGAUGCUAAGGAGAAUUUGGGUGUGGGUGGUAGUGAUCGAAUCCUGAGCUUUUCUUCGUGCCCAAGAAAGGCCAAUGAACCGUCUAAUAGAGUAGUUGCGAGGAAGCUCUCGAUGGGUCCGGAGCAAAAAGGGAACGAAGUGACUAGGAAUAAUAAUGUUCAAGAAUUGGAAAAGUUGGAGACCAUUUCGGAGAGACCCAGUUUGGGUGGUGGGAGUCGAAUCCUUGUGUUUGUGAGGCUUAGGCCUAUGGCCAAGAAGGAAAAGGAAGUGGGUUCUCGAUGCUGUGUUAGAAUUGUGAAUCGGCGAGAUGUUUAUCUAACUGAGUUUGCCAAUGAGAAUGACUACCUUAGGCUGAAGAGGCUUCGUGGACGACAUUUUACCUUUGAUGCUUCUUUCCCAGAUUCCACUACUCAACAAGAGGUCUAUUCCACCACAACAUCGGAGCUGGUGGAAGCAGUUCUACAGGGGAGGAAUGGGUCAGUAUUCUGCUAUGGUGCAACAGGAGCUGGAAAAACUUACACAAUGCUGGGUACUAUGGAUAACCCAGGAGUGAUGGUUUUGGCAAUUAAGGACCUUUUUUCCAAAAUAAGGCAGAGGAGCUGUGAUGGAAACCAUGUGGUUCAUCUAUCCUAUCUCGAGGUCUACAAUGAAACUGUCCGGGAUUUGCUUGCCCCUGGAAGACCUCUGGUCCUAAGAGAAGAUAAACAGGGGAUUGUAGCAGCAGGCCUUACACAAUAUAGAGCUUAUUCUACAGAUGAAGUAAUGGCAUUGCUUCAACAAGGAAACCAAAACCGCACCACAGAACCUACUCGUGUCAAUGAAACUUCUUCACGCUCCCAUGCCAUUCUUCAGGUUAUGGUUGAAUACCGAGUAAAAGAUGAUGCCAAGAAUGUAGUAAACCGAGUUGGGAAGCUCUCACUGAUUGAUCUUGCUGGCUCAGAGAGAGCGCUUGCCACAGAUCAGAGAACACUAAGAUCACUUGAAGGUGCCAACAUAAACCGGUCACUUCUAGCUCUUAGCAGCUGCAUCAAUGCCCUUGUGGAGGGCAAGAAACACAUACCUUACCGGAAUUCCAAACUAACCCAACUUCUCAAAGACUCACUAGGAGGUUCUUGUAAUACUGUAAUGAUUGCCAAUGUCAGUCCAAGCAAUCUGUCAUUUGGUGAAACCCAAAACACCCUUCAUUGGGCUGACCGAGCCAAGGAGAUUAGGACCAAGUCAAAAUUGCAGGCCUACGAGGCGAAUGAGGAAAUACAGUAUAUGCCUGAAUCUGAAACUGAUCACGCCAAGCUAUUGCUUGAAUUGCAAAAAGAGAAUCGUGACUUGCGUGUACAUUUGGCACGUCAACAACAGAAGCUAUUGACUCUUCAAGCACAGUCCUUUGCAGUACAUGCCUCCCCAACCCCUUCUUCAGUUACCUCUCUAUUGACUCCUCCAUCUUCUGCCCAACCAAAUGAGAAAUACAAAUCCAGAUCCUCUUUCUUAAGUGGAAAUUGUUUCACUCCAGAGUCCAAGAAAAAAGGGGCUGACGAAGCAGUUAAAGAGCUUCGCCGGACAGUGAAGGCAUUAGAAGCAGAAAUUGAGAAAAUGAAAAAAGAUCACACUUCACAACUAAAGAAAAAGGAUGACCUCAUUCGCGAGCUUUCGAGGAAGAGUGAAAAACCAGUGGAAGGACUACGAGGGGAGGGGUCAAAGAGGGUAGUCACAAGGGCCAGUUUGAGGUCAAAGGAACCAAGCACAGGGGAGUUGAAGAGCCCAAGUCACCGUUUUCGGUCACCAGUUCCAACAGCUAAGAAACGAAGCUUUUGGGACAUAACAACUGCUAACAGUCCUUCAAUUGCUUCAUUAAAUGGAAGGAAAACUAGAAGCCAUGUCAUUUCUGAACCCGUUGCUGUUCCAUCCAUGCUUCUCCAGCCGGGUUUUGCUCGACAGAAGACAGAUUGUUUGAGGUGACAGAGAAUAUGAAAAGGGGAAAGAAAUGAGUGACCAAGGUAAGCCUUGCUAUAUUAUCCGGCUUAAGCCUGGUCAGUUCAACAGGGAAGGAGGACUAUUGUAUGAUUGGAGAUACUUGCUGUCCUUCUGUUCUUGUAUGCAGUCAACACAGGAGGAAGUCAUUAUUAAGCAGCAAACACAUAAUUCAUUCGUUCUUUUCGUUUUCUUUUUUACCUUUCAAUGUUCCUUUGUUCCAAUCUCUUAUUGACUAAAAUGUAUUUAGAGAGAAAGUCCUAUUAUUUCUUCUCUCCUUGUAACCUAAGCUUGUUAAUCACUAAGAUAAAAUGAUUGAUUUGGUAAACAAAAAGAACCAUUUUUAUGGAAGCCCAAGUUUAUAUAAGGAAUUUCUUUA